GAGACCAUGUGGGCCGCCGACAUCGACUGACAGUCUCAACUUCACGUCUCACACCGACAGCAUCCACCGGAACCAGGCGACAGACGUUAGACUCAGAGCUCUGUCUUCAAGAACCAUGCGAUCACUCAGAUCAUCACUGCCAACCUGAUAGCCAACUGGUUGAAGUGGUUGUACAAGCCAUCUUAUGGGCCCCGUCUGAGCAACAGAGGAAUGGCUGUGUGCUGGAUUUAAGAAUGAGCAAGAGAGGAAGGAGGAGGAGCAGCCGGAGGAGGAAGAGCUCCAGCAGCAGUAAACAGAGUGUCACGCCAAACAUCUUUCAAAAGCAGAACAAAUAUUGUAAUGGAAGCUAUAAAGAUUAUGUCAUCGAGAAGGGAGAGGCAGACGGUCUGCGGAAGGAAAUCGUCCAGUCAGAGUCAGAGGACGACGAGAAGUUCAACGACGCGCCGCCCAAGGAGAAAAGAUUCAAGCAAGAUUACAAUUCCAACAAAAAUGGGACGACCACUCGGGACAGACAGACGGAGAUAAAAAUCGUCACGUCACUUUCUGCAGACGGAAACAAGGAUUCCAUCCAAAACAUUUUAUUCCAACAACCAAGGGAGAAUCCAACAGUGACAGCACCAGUGGCAAACAUGACCAUCUCCUGCUCAGGAUCGUUCUUAAGACUGGAAAUCCAGCAACAUCACACCAGCUCUUUUAACACCACCAUUCACUUCAUCAAUGAAAAGUCAGAUGAUCCAAUGGAGACGCCAAACAAUGACAACACCAGCUCAAAAUACACAAGUACCAUCUGCAGCUCGAGGGGUCAAGCUUCUGCUUAUGAUCAGAUGAAAGUAUUCCAGUGCCACUUUGACCACGGACAACCAGCAAGAGCAGACUGCACAUAUGCAGAGGAUCCCUCUGACCUCAGUACAGAGAGAAGAAGCCAGUUACCCAAUAGCUUCAGCAUUGAUCUAUUUGAGAACAUUCCACCACCCCAGGAGUUUGCUGAUACCGAUGACCAUUUAGGGGCCUUGGCCCAUGAAAUGUCUCAGUGCAGUAUCCGCUCUUGGAGUCCAGUUGACUCACAAGACCUAACAGCCCAACUGACACCAAACAUUAACAGUGUAAAAGAAUGCAUGCAAUCAGAACUUGUGAAAGAAAAAGAAGAGUCUUCUUUGUUUGACCAAACCCUGGAGUUUGAGGACUAUGAGCCCAGAGUCAUCAGACCAUCCAUGUCAACAAACAGGUCCAGCUUUACCAAAGAUUUCAUCAACUGCCAGAAGAGAAAAUCCUGGAUUCGGAACAACAGUAUUGCUACUUUUGAACACAGAAUUAGUUCAUUGCCAAGAAAGAGACGUCAGACUUUUCCGAGGCUUUCAAAGAGUCCAAGUUCCAUGACAGAUGAGUUCCUUAUGCCAAACAAUGAAUCAUUUACCUCUUUGAAUAUGUGCUUGCUUCCUCUCCAAACUGAGAGGUUGGGUCGGAUCGGCCCGAGUGAUGAUAGGCUUUCUGCUGGUAUGGACGUAUAUCCUUCCGUCCCUGCACCCUCAGGUCACUACGACAGGAAACACUCAACACCUUGUGGCUCUAGUGAAGACGCGAGUCAAGGGAGAUGUGGUCAGGACAUCAAAGAGGACCCCGAUGAUCACGACGUAGUGGACAGUGGGUUUGAGCAAGACAUAAGCAGUCCCGGACAAUGUCACCGCAAACCCUUGGCUAUACAGGUCACCCCUCCAUCCUGCAACGGCUCAGAAGAGCUGAUAGCCCCGGAUCAGACCUUGGGUCAAAGAAUGAGAGGAGACACAUCACAGCAGGAAAAGACGGAAAACAGAAAGUCCUCCGUUGUGACCAUCGUGGUUGGUUCUUUCGAGCAGAGAACUUUAAAGACUGAUGGCACCAGCCUGGAGGAGCCUUCCUUACAGUCAAAUAACCGAGUUUCACAAUGGAGAGAUGAAGUAAGACAUGAGCCACGAGUUGAAUCCACUGGGUUUUCUGCUCUCACUCUACCCCAACUGAAUGAAGUGAAAAAUGAUGUACAUUUGGAGGCUAAAGGACGAUGUUCCUCAGACGCUGAAACACAUUCACGUCUCGAAAGAUGUCAAACUGCUGAAGAGAUCCCUGUCAGUGCUGAUGCGACACGAAAACAGAUCUUAUCUCGCUCGUACUCGGAGGCCAAAGAGCAUCUGACUCCAGACGGCAGUGUCACUGACUCCUGGGCCAAGAGGCGGAUGCUCUUUAAGGAAAGCAAACAAUGGAGUUCUGCAGGAGGAAGCUCCAUUACCAGUGACAUCACAGAGGAGUCAGUGUCCGAGGACACCCGCUCUCUGGACGUGACGUUGGGGGACGGCGAUGAUCGAAGGUUUUACACAGAGACCUUCCACUCGGCUGCGUGGGUCUACCAGGGGGAUGAGGUGGUCUUAGGGGCAGGCGCGCCGGGCCUCAACAACAGGACAAGGCCCAUUUCAAUUCGAGAAAGGACAGUCAGGAUCAAUAAAGGGACCGGAGAGUAUCCCUGGGGCUUCAGAAUCCAGUUUUCUAAACCCAUUUUGGUGACAGAAGUUGACACAAAUGGCGCCGCAGAGGAAGCUGGGUUAAUGGUCGGAGAUUAUGUGCUGGCUGUUAAUGGAACUGACGUCACCAGCGUUGCUCAUACUGAAGCAGCGGACAUGGCUCGUCAGGGUCCGGAUGUGCUGACCUUAACUAUUGGCUCCGACAUUGCUCGCGGACCAAACACACCAAGGCCGGCCUGCCGUGGUUACCUUCACAAGCGGACGCAGUCCGGUCUCAUCAAAGGCUGGCGGAAGAGAUGGUUUGUGCUUACACACGACUGCUGUCUCUACUACUACAGACACAAGAGGGAUGAAGGCAAAGGACGUGCUCUCGCUGCCAUCAGGUUGGAAGGGGCUGAGGUGGGAGCAGAUCAUUCUCUGGGGAAACCUUUCGUGCUGAGGUGCCGACCUCUGUCAGGCUGUCGAGUGUACUACUUCUGUGGUACAUCCAACCAGGAAAUAAAAAGGUGGCUGGAGGCAAUGGAGAGAGCUGUCCAUCCCAUCACACAGAACCACGUGUGGGUCGAUGUCACCAAACACAACUCGAACCUUCCUCCGCUUGCUGUGAAAAACCCAGACUGUCUGGGUUUGCUUCAUAAAAUGGAUAAAACUAAGGAUGUGUGGAUCCAAUACUACUGCAUCCUGAAGGACGGCUGUCUCUAUAUGUACAGCGGCAUCCGCUCAACUCACGCACUAGGUGGGAUUUACCUUCAGGGAUAUCAGGUACGAGAGCAGUCUUUUGGAUCCAAGAAAUCCACCAUUGAGCUUAAACCACCAUCAGACGAGUUCAAAAGCUUCAACCUCUGUGCUGAAAAUCCCAGCGAGAACAAAAGAUGGAUCGUAGCAAUGAAAGCUUCAAUAAAGAAGUGGCUGCCGUUACACCAGGCCCUCCAAGACUACAUGAACCGGGUCCCAGAAGAAACGCGGAUGUAAUGCACAGUGAUGGAGUUUGUUUUGACACUUUAAAAAGUUUCCACAGUUUACCACAUCUUACACUACUUUUGUCAUUGAAGGUUAAUUUGGUCAUUGUUUAACUGCUUUAAAUUCUGCUUGAAAUAAACACUGCAGUGCUUUUUAGAAAAA